AUGUUGGAUGAAGCUGCUCACCACCUAUACAUAUCCCUUUGCCACCACGUUCUCAUGUCACCGACUUUCCCCAUUGGCUACAUAUUUUGUCCAGUUGAAUUGAAGGCUAAAGGUUUUUGCUGCGCAACUCUAUUCUUUGAUAUCCAAGACUUCUUGAUUCACAUACAUCACGAAACAAGAUGGUUUUGCCAAAAGACGUUGAUCUGCUUAACCCCCCAGCUGAGUUGGAGAAGAGGAAGCAUAAGCUCAGACGACUUGUUCAAUCUCCGAACUCUUUCUUCAUGGAUGUCAAGUGCCAGG